UGAGAGAGUGAAACUAACUGCGUCAGUUUGGUCGGUAGAAAAUGGCUGGCAGUCAGGAAUUGCUCGACUGCUCCAUCUGUUUACAGUUACUGGAGGAUCCAGUGACGACCGCCUGUGGACACAGCUUCUGUAUGAAAUGUCUCAACACCUUCUGGGAUAAGAAUGGCAACAGAGGAAGAAAGUACAGUUGCCCUCAGUGCAGGCACACUUACUACCCGAGGCCUGUUCUGAAGAGGAACACACUUCUGGCUUCCCUGUUAGAGGAACACAGAAGGACAACCAGUCAAAGUGCUGCUGAUGACACCCACGCUGCCCCUGGUGAUAUGCAGUGUGACGCUUGCACAGGGAGAAAAAGAAAAGCUUCCAUGUUCUGUCUUGUUUGUUUGGCCUCUUACUGUGAGACUCAUCUGAAGCCACACUUUGAGGUAACGCCACUGAAAAAACACAGUCUGAUUCAAGCCUCUGUGAGGAUCAAAGACAGCAUCUGCAGCCUCCAUGACAAACUCAUGGAGAUUUACUGCCGCACUGAUCAGCAGUUCAUAUGUCUGCUGUGUAUGAUGGACGAACACAAAGAUCAUGAUACUGUGACAGCUGCAGUAGAAAAGUAUCACGUGCAGAGACAACUGGAUCAGGCUAAAGAGGAAACUGCAGACAGAGUGCUCAGUUCAGAGAGAAAAAUGGCAGAGCUGAGGCAGGCUGCACACUCUAUAAGAGAUGCUGCAUGGGAGGCGUGUGACGAUUUUGAGCGACUGUGCGCAGAACACAUUCAUUUAUAUGUCCGCUCUUUGGAGAGGAAGCGCUCUGAGAUGAGAGCGAAAGUCGGAGAGGCAGAGAAAGCUGGGGUGGACUGGGCCAACAGCCAUCUGGAGCAACUGCAGCGUGAAGUCCUCAAGCUGAGGAGGAGACAGGACAAACUCAACCAGCUUUCACAAACAGAGGACCCCAUUCAGUUUCUUCAGAGUUUCCAGGCCCUGGAUGACCUCCCUGUAUCCACAGGCUCAAAUGAAAGACUGGACAAGCUGACAGAGUUUGUCACUGCACAGAAAGAUAAACUGAAAAAUAUGUGCAACCAGGAAAAGAACAAAUUAAUCAAUACUUUUGAAAAAGAUAUGUUGUCAAAAAUGCCACCGCUGCAUGAGGGCAUAGCAUCACGGACAUACCUUCAGACCAAAUAUAAGAACUCCAACAUGGAGGUGGAUCCCAACACAGUAGCUGCAUGUCUUUGCUUGUCUGAUAGAAACAGAGAAAUCUCAUGGAGUGGCAGGGACCAGGCUCACCCUGAUCACCCUGACAGAUUUACCUACUACAGCCAGGCUUUGUGCCAAAAGGGUCUUCAGGAGAGCCACUAUUGGGAGGUGGAGUGGGAUGGUGGAGUUGUUGAGCUGGCAGUGUCAUACAAAGGCAUUAAAAGAAAAGGUUCAGGCAAUGACUGCUGUUUUGGCCACAGUAAUCUCUCCUGGAAAUUAACAUGCUCUUCAACCGGCUGCACAUUUUGGCACAAUAAUCUUCACAAAGGCCAAAUUCCCCCGGCUCACUCCCGCAGAGUAGGUGUACACCUGGAUUAUGAAAGAGGCACCCUGGGCUUCUACAGCGUUUCUGAGGCCGGCACGCUGACACUGCUGCACCAAAUCCAGACCAACUUCACUGAAGCUCUCUAUCCUGGGUUUUCAGUUGAUUUAGGAUCGACACUGAAAAUAUGCAGCUUUUAAGCCACAUUAAACACUACUGUUUACAUUACAAACAUGAUGUGUUUACGUUAACAUAUCAGCUGCAGGACUGCCUGCACUUUAUGAUUCAGGGAUGGAUAAAGCAUACAGGGACAAAUAUGCACAAGUUUGGAGUGAGUGAGUGAGGGAGAGUGAGAGGCGUGUAUGUAACAAACAUGGGUCAUUUUGAUUGAAUAAUAAUCUUGAUUAUGAAUCAAAGAGCGGGAACAGAAAUUUCUUUUGUUAUACUUUGGAUUUAUAUUUUAUUUUACAUUUAAAAAAUCAUUCAGUUGUUAUUAGUCAGAAAUGUGUUUUGUUGUUUGUUUGAUUUCAAGGCUUUGAUAAAAUAGUUCUUUAUUCUGUUCUGUAUGAUGUACGGUACUGUGUGAUGAACGUCCUUCAAGCCUAAAUCAGAUCACACAAAGUGUAUCUUCAAAGUGGCCUUAAAAAGAUUACUUCUCAGUAACCUAUAUUCUGAUUCAUAUUGUGAAUAGACUGGAAAGUGAAGGCUGCAUUGUGUGUUUGUUCUGUGUCCAUGGCAGUUGGAUGGUUUUGUUAGGCUUUGUUCGGUGACAAAGGAAAUAAGCCUUUUAGUCUUUUUUGUCUUUUAACCCUGCUGUGCUUGUUCUGUGUUUUUAAUCAUCCAAAAAUAAAUAAAUAAAUAAAAAUCAAUCAAGCUGA